AUGUUCAUGCAUUUGGAGGUUUUCUAUUACAUUUUCAUUCUCCUGGCUCACAUGAGGCCAUACUGCUGCUGGUCAGUGAAUAAUUUCUUGAUGACUGGACCCAAGGCAUACCUGAUCUACUCCAGCAGUGUGGCAGCAGGAGCUCAGAGUGGCAUAGAGGAGUGCAAAUACCAGUUUGCAUGGGACCGCUGGAACUGCCCCGAGAGAGCUCUGCAGCUGUCCACUCACAGCAGCCUGCGCAGUGCAAAUCGGGAGACUGCGUUCGUUCACGCCAUCAGCUCCGCCGGAGUCAUGUACACUUUAACCAGGAACUGCAGUCUGGGAGACUUCGACAACUGCGGCUGUGAUGACAGCAGGAACGGACAACGAGGUGGUCAUGGUUGGCUCUGGGGAGGCUGCAGUGACAACGUUGGCUUUGGCGAGGCCAUCUCCAAACAGUUUGUUGAUGCGCUGGAGACCGGACAGGAUUCACGAGCAGCAAUGAAUCUCCACAAUAACGAGGCGGGGAGAAAGGCCGUGAAGGGGACCAUGCAGAAGACAUGCAAGUGCCACGGGGUGUCGGGAAGCUGCACCACUCAGACCUGCUGGCUGCAGCUGCCAGAAUUCAGGGAAGUGGGGAACUACUUGAAGGAGAAGUACCACAGGGCUCAGAAGGUGGAUCUCCUCCGAGGAGCGGGGAACAGCGCGGCCAGCCGGGGGGCCAUCGCCGAAUCCUUCAGCUCCAUCUCUCGCAAGGAGCUGGUCCACCUGGAAGACUCCCCUGAUUACUGCCUGGAAAACCGCACGCUGGGCUUGCCGGGCACGGAGGGCCGCGAGUGCCUAAAGAAGGGCAAGAACUUGAGCAAAUGGGAGAAACGGAGCUGCAAGAGGCUCUGCGGGGAGUGCGGGCUGGCUGUGGAGGAACGCAAAGCCGAGAUAGUGUCGAGCUGUAAUUGUAAAUUCCACUGGUGCUGCACGGUUAAGUGUGAGCAGUGCAGAAAGACAGUGACCAAGUACUUUUGUGUAAAGAAAGGAGGUCAGAGGGGAAGGAAUGAGAGUGCCGGUAGCCGAAGGAAGAACCUCAGACUGAGGAAGAAGCACUGA